AUGGGACUUGGAGGAGAGAGAGGGACACUGAGGGAUGCCGUGUUCAGAGCGGAGACGCAGAGAGAGGCUGCGCAGGUAGGGGCUGCCUGUGUCGAUGGCUCCAUUUUUGGGGGGGCCAAACAGGUGUCAGGGAAGUGUCGUCACUUGGGCCGGAAGCCGGACGGGGGGGUGGAGGCGUCAGUGGGAAAGAUGGCAGCGAAGUCGGACGGCCGCGGGGUCGUCACCGGGUUCGCGCAGCUGCAGGACCUGGACGACCCUCGCGAUGGCAGCUCUUUUCACAUCUGUCACUGCUGCAACACGUCGUCGUGCUACUGGGGCUGCAGGAGCGCUUGUCUGCACUACCUGCGGGGGAAGGGGCGAGGGAAGAGGGGGGACAGCACGCAUGAGCAGCGCCUCUGGCUCGACUGCCUCUGGAUAGUCCUGGCGCUGUUCGUCUUCUUCUGGGACGUGGGCUCGGAUCUGUGUCUGGCUGCGCACUACUAUCACCAGAGAGACUUUCUGUGGUCCGGACUCACCCUGUUCUUUGUGCUGGUGCCCUCGGUCCUGGUGCAGAUCCUCAGCUUCAGGUGGUUCGUGCAGGACUACACCGGGGGAGGACUGGGCUCUGUGGAGGGGCUCAGCAGCCGCAGAGCCACGGCCACUGUGCAGAAGCAGGACUCUUGCUGCCGUCUGUCCGUGUGGCUGUGGCAAGCGCUGCUGCACGUCUUUCAGCUGGGACAGGUGUGGAGGUGA